AUGCCUACCAUUCCUAUUCCCACCACAGUUAGUCCUCAACAAGGUGGUACGAGUUCCAUAGGUGGGCCGGUUCAAGCGUCAGAUCACGGUAGUAACCCAACCAUCCCUGAAUUAUCUCCCAUUGCACCUGAUCUGAGCAGCCCAAUAGAUGAGGGUACAUCAAACCAGAGCAACAUUAUCAGCGAAGAAGAGUCCAGUAGUCGUCGUAGGCAGCAGACACUUACACUUGUUACUCUUACUCCUGCAGGGUUGGAACCUUCUAAAGAAUGCUCUAAUACCAUAUCCGCAUCUUUCAAAAAUCAACUUGACCAAUGGAAUCAAUUGGAAAGGAUUAAGCCGGAUUAUGUGUCUGAUAAUGUGUGGGAACGUUGGUUGCAACUUUGGGCGGAUCCUAAGUGUGUUGAAAAGUCAGAAAUAAAUGCAAAGAAUCGUUGUGGAGGGAAAGAAGUUGCUGCCGGGACUCACACAAGUGGCUCUAUCUGCAUUGGGGAGCAUCGCAAGAGACUUGCUGUUGCAAAGGGUCGAGAUCCAACACCAGGUGAGGUACAUUUGCACGUCUAUACACAUGAUCAUGAUGGAGAAUCUUUUGUUGAUGAGCGUGCCCGAGCUGUCCAUGAAAGAUAUCAAGAAAUAUUACGGUUAAAAUCACAGUCUCAGUCUGAUAUUGAUCAAUGUGAAGUAUAUUACGAAGCUGCUGGGGGAACAAGGAAGAGAAGAAUAUAUGGUCUUGGAUCUCAAGCACAAAGUUAUUAUGAGCCGAAUCUUUGCGUCAAUUCCGGCAUUAAUGCUUCAGCAUCAGCAGCACCUUCAACUUCUCAAUCAGCACCGACAGAAAAUAUGGAGGAGUUAGUGAUGCGAUUGAUUCCUACACUGACUAAUCGCUUGCUUCCUUUAUUUAUUGAGAAGUCACGCGGAGUGAUUUCUUCACCAUCACAUCAUCCAAAUACUCCUAUCGACAAACCAUCAGUUGUGACACCCAUAGUGCCUCCUCCUACUACUGCUAACGUUGAUGAUGUUGAUCCUUUAGUUUCUGAUGAUGAUCGUAGUCCUUCACCCAUGCAUUAG